AUGAAUUUCCGAAGGAGGGAUCGAAAACCGGAAGCUUCGGAACUGGCAGAUGAGAAGAAUAAUGAGCCCCAUAUACUUCGCCCGCGUCGUUCCGGUAGUAAAAUCUGGUCGUUCAAGUUGAUCAUUGGUUUCCUAGUGUACUUUCUUGUUAUUAUCCAUUACUUCGAGAGAGUAAGGGUGAAAAGCGCCAUGAACAAGUGUCAAUGGAGCAAUUGGGAGAAUUGGAGUGGAGAGAAAGCCAAAAAUGUGCCCCACAGAAUUGCCUUCAUCGCAGACCCUCAACUUGUGGACGACCAUACGUAUCCCAAGCUUCCUCGUUUUGUAGGGUACAUUCUAAGGCGGAUGAGCGACAAUUACCUCCACACCAACUACAAAUUCAUGCAGCACUACCUUGAUCCAGACACUGUCAUCUUUUUGGGUGAUUUGUAUGACGGAGGAAGAGAUUGGGAUGAUAAGAUGUGGUUGGACGAGUAUAAGCGUUUCAACUUGAUCUUCCCGAAGAAAGCUAACAGAAGAUCCAUACGGUCUCUACCGGGCAACCACGACAUUGGGUUUCAGAAUAUCAGCACAUACAACAUGCAUAGAUUUGCCGCAUACUUUGGUGAAGCCAAUGAUUACUACGAACUUGGCAAUCAUACAAUUGUGCAAUUGGACACCAUCUCCAUGUCACACGAAGAUCCUGCAGUUCACACUGAGUCUAGAGAAUUUUUGGCUUCUCUUGAUUCAAAGAUCAACCCUAGCAUGCCGAGGAUGGUGUUGACGCAUGUUCCCCUUUAUAGAGAUCCUCGUGUGGAAACGUGCGGGCCGGGGAGAGAGAGCUCUCGCCUUUUCCCCUUGCAGAGAGGAGUUCAGUACCAGACUGUCAUAGACUUCUCAUAUACCCUGAAAAUACUUUCGCAGUUAAGUCCUGAAAUUGUCUUCAGUGGAGACGAUCACGACUACUGUGACAUGCAUCACGUCGACUACACUGACAACUCCAAGAUUCUCGCACGAGAAAUUUCCGUUAAAACUGCCUCAAUGACGAACGGGAUCAAGUACCCUGCUGUCCAACUCUUGUCUUUGAAUAACCCUUACGAUCCAAAUCCCAAAUCUAAACUAGACUCAUCGGAUGACACCACAACAUACAAAACCAUGAUGUGCUACAUGCCAACUCCAUACACAGGCGCUAAAGUGUACGGAAUCAGUUACUUGGUUGCGGUGGCCAUCUUAGUCGCUUGCAUAGUGUACCCCGAGAGAAUAGAAAUAUACCUCGAUAAGUCUGCUGGAUCCCAACUGGUGCUACCAAGGUUUUUCCAGCAUUGCAUGGUUGAGCAUGACAAGAAUCAUACUUUCAGAAUGAGAUUGAAUGAACUCGGAUACCACUGUACAAUUCUACUCUGGUCUGUUUUAUGCAUUAUAUCGUUAUAUAAUAGAAAAUAG